UCUCCAGCAGACUCUGUCAAUCCCACUCGCACCAACAAACACAACCCGACUGUACAGCUGUGCGCUUACUCAACCUUCCUCUCCAACACACCCAACCCCGACUCUCCCCUCAGACGCGUCUUCUGCCUCCGACCAGAGCGUCUUCUCUUCACACGCGCCGCCCCACCUUGUCCGUCCUUCAUCAAAGCCAGCAUCAACCAACUCUCCGAGCAAACGCAUGCUAGAGUAGACAAUCAGUCCUUCUCUCCAGGCAACGCGCCAUAACUUUCACCAACUACACUCACCGCCCUUCCCUAUCGAACACCACACCCCGCUAUGGCAUCUUCAAUACAGGAGCUGGACGCCACUGUCCAGGCCUUCUACAGCAGCGGUCCAGGCGAGCAGCAAAAACAGGCUCAAGCUACACUGAACCAGUUCAAGGAGAACCCCGACGCAUGGCUCAUGGUUGACAAGAUUCUCCAAGAUGCCCAAUACCCUCAGACCAAGUUCCUCGGCCUCCAAGUCCUUGACAAUGUGAUCAUGACGCGGUGGAAGGUGUUGCCUCGCGAGCAGUGUCAGGGUAUCCGUAACUUCGUCGUCCAGUUCAUCAUCCAAAUGUCGAGCUCGGACGAGAGCUUGCGCAAGGAAAGAGCUCUGAUCAACAAGCUCAACCUGGUCCUCGUCUCCAUCCUCAAGCAGGAGUGGCCUCACAACUGGCCCACCUUCAUCAACGAGAUCAUCUCAUCCUGUCACAGCAGUCUACCCAUUUGUGAAAACAACAUGGCCAUUCUGCGUCUUCUGUCCGAAGAAGUUUUCGACUUUUCCGCCGAGCAAAUGACUUCGACCAAGACCCGCCAACUCAAGCAGAGCAUGUGUGACGAGUUCACCUCCAUCUACAACCUGUGUAGCGAGAUUCUCCGCACUGCCACACAACCCUCGCUGAUCAAGGCCACUCUUGAGACCCUGCUGCGCUUCCUCAACUGGAUCCCUCUUGGCUUCAUCUUCGAGACACCACCUACUGGUAUCAGCUUGCUCGAGACUCUUCGCAGUCGCUUCCUUGAGGUUCCUGAGUUCCGCAACGUCACUCUCAAGUGCUUGACAGAAGUCGGUGGUCUUCAGACUGAGCAGCAGUACAACGAGAAGCUCAUUGCCAUGUUCACCGACACCAUGACAACCAUCUCUACUGUCAUCCCCCUCUCGCUCGACCUCAAGGCAACUUACGCUUCCAGCAACAGCCGCGAUCAAGAAUUCGUCCAGAACCUUGCUCUCUUCCUCACAAACUUCUUCUCUAACCACCUUAGCAUUAUUGAGAACCUCCCCAAUCCCGACUUCCUGGUCCAUGGUCACUUCUACCUCAUCCGCAUCAGCCAAAUCGACGACCGUGAAAUCUUCAAGAUUUGUCUCGAAUAUUGGACCAAGCUAGUGUGCGAUCUCUACGAUGAGAUGCAGCAACUCCCCAUCACCGACCUCAACCCUCUUGUCAACAUGAACACCAUGAGUGGUCUCUCAAAUGGUGGCGCUGCUCACCCGUCACAAAUGGCUGGCUACCCGCUUCGUAAGAACAAAUAUGGUGAAGUCUUAACCAACUUGCGCCAGGUCAUGAUUGAGAAGAUGGUUCGUCCUGAAGAAGUCUUGAUUGUUGAGAACGAUGAGGGUGAGAUUGUGCGUGAAUUCGUCAAGGAGAGCGACACCAUUCAGCUCUACAAGACCACCAGAGAGUGCUUGGUUUUCCUGACUCACCUGGAUGUUGUUGACACCGAGACUAUCAUGUCCGACAAGCUCUCCAAGCAGGUCGACGGCUCUGAGUGGUCAUGGGCCAACUGCAACACUCUCUGCUGGGCCAUCGGCUCCAUCUCCGGUGCCAUGAACGAAGAGACCGAGAAGCGCUUCCUGGUUACCGUCAUUAAGGAUCUUCUCGGCCUGACCGAGCAGAAGCGUGGCAAGGACAACAAGGCUGUGGUCGCCUCCAACAUCAUGUACAUUGUCGGCCAAUACCCUCGUUUCCUCAAGGCUCACUGGAAGUUCCUCAAGACUGUUGUCAACAAGUUGUUCGAGUUCAUGCACGAAACCCAUGAGGGUGUUCAGGAUAUGGCUUGCGAUACGUUCAUCAAGAUUGCCAACAAGUGCAAGCGUCACUUCGUCUUGACUCAACCCGGCGAGUCGGAACCUUUCAUCGACGAGAUUGUGCGUAACAUGCGCAAGAUCACCUGUGAUUUGUCCCCUCAGCAGGUACACACUUUCUACGAGGCUUGCGGUUACAUGAUCAGUGCUCAGGGCCAGAAGACCUUGCAAGAACGAUUGAUUGGCGACCUCAUGGGUCUUCCCAACCAGGCCUGGGACGCCAUUAUUCAGUCCGCUCACCAAGAUCCCAACAUCCUCCAAGACUCCGAGACUAUCAAGGUCGUCGGCAACAUCAUGAAGACCAACGUUUCUGCUUGCUCUUCGGUUGGAAGCUACUUCUACCCUCAGAUCGGCAAGAUCUACCUCGACAUGCUUACCAUGUACCGCGCCAGCAGUCAGCUCAUUGACGAGGCUGUGCAGAGAGAUGGUAACAUCGCCACCAAGAUGCCCAAGGUCCGCGGUCUCAGGACCAUCAAGAAGGAGAUCCUCAAGUUGAUCAGCACCUACGUUGACAAGGCUGACGACCUCGAAAUGGUUCACGAGCGUCUUGUGCCUGACUUGUUGCAAGCCGUCCUCCUCGACUACCAGAACAACGUCCCUGAUGCACGAGAGGCCGAGGUCCUGAACGUUAUGACUACCAUCAUCAAGAAGCUUCAAGGCCUGAUGACCAAGGAUGUUCCCGGCAUUCUCGGUGCCGUUUUCGAGUGCACUCUCGACAUGAUCAACAAGGACUUCUCCGAAUACCCCGAGCAUCGUGUCGAGUUCUUCAAGCUUCUCCGCGAGAUCAAUCUGCGCUGUUUCCCCGCCCUUCUCCAGCUCGAUCAACGCCAAUUCAAGUUUGUCAUUGACUCUUGCAUGUGGGCCAGCAAGCACGACAACCGCUUAGUUGAGGGUGAAGGUUUGAACAUGUGCCACGAGCUUGUCAGCAACAUGUCAGAAACGGAUGCCGAGAUUAGCGGUCCCUUCUUCCAGAACUUCUACACCACCAUCCUCCAGGACGUCUUCUUCGUCCUGACCGAUUCGGACCACAAGGCCGGAUUCAAGUACCAGUCAGUACUCCUGGCUCAGAUGUUCUACUUCGUUGGUUCUGGCAAGUUGAACAACUCGCCCAUCUACACUUCCGACAUGGCACCUGCCGGCACAUCGAACAAGGAGUUCUUACAAAACUUUGUUGGCAACCUCCUCGUCAACGCCUUCCCCAACCUCACUCCUGCACAGAUCCAGAAGUUCAUCUCCGACUUAUUCGACCAAGCCAACGACAUCAACCGCUUCAAGCUCACCCUUCGUGACUUCUUGAUCCAGUUGAAGGAGUUCGCAGGAGACAACGCCGAGUUGUUCAUCGAGGAUCGUGAGAACGCUGCCAAGGAGGCCAAGGUUCAGGAAAGAGAGCGUGCCAUGAAGGUUGGCGGUCUUCUCAAGCCCAGUGAGAUCGAUGAUGACGAGCUUUGACUUGACCACGAGUUAGGCACCAGAACAGCUCAUGAUCCAAGAGACAUUGACGUAUCCGCAAAACCCAAUGUGGUUGGAGAUGAUGGUUUGGACGGUUGGCAAGUCUACGGCCUGUAGAGCUCCACGCCGCCGCCCUGCCAACUCCACGGACGACACCUCUUUGGGCAUCAGAACAAGAAAAAUAAUGGAAAGAAAAAGGGUACAACCUAGGGAAAAAUCUGACACUUUGUGCGAUAGCCUGAAAGCAAACAGCAGCGCACUGGCGCAUAGGGGGGUUAUGCUGAGGACACAGCUGGGCCAUAGCGAGCAAUGAAACUCGCCAUCUUGUUGUAUACACAAGACAAUGGCGACCGGGCAGGAGUCGGGAAUCUUUACAAUUGCGUUCUUCCGUUUUUUCUCGUCUUUUCUACUCGCUCUCCUCUCUGAUACAAACCAGAUGGCUGUCCUACUGUUUAGUUUUCUCACGGUCUACUUUUUCAGCGGG